CACUUUAAUUUUCUCCAUAGAUUAUGUGAGCAACAUGAGUGAUAAAUUGUAUUGUUUAUCUUCUAUUAAACUCUACUCACUUAUAUGUUUUAAAAUGAUUUUUAAAAAAUGUCAGCAGACACCAGAACACAUGUUAGAAAUACAGGAUGUAGAGAACAAAUUGAAGUUGAAAUAGAUGUUCCAACAAAUACCAUUGAAACUUAUGUUACAGGUAGAAGCAAUGAGGAGCAAAAAUGAAAAAGAGGUCCAACCUAUAUGUGUAGUAUUUGGGGAUAUCAUGCUACCCAACAUGGUGGAGAAUGACUUGCUGUUAAUUUUAACAAAUAUGGUCAACCUAUUGGGAAGCAUAAAUCAUUAUUUGUUGAGUUUUUAGGAACUAUUGCUCGGAAUGGGAAACAUGCACCAAUUGAUAUAAGAAGUUGGGAUAAAAUGCAGAAGUCUUUAAAAAAAAAUGUGUUAGAAGUUAUUCAGGUAUUUAUCUACAUAAUAUUUGUACUUAUUUUGUUUGAUUUCAGUUGCAUGCAUAAAAUAACAAAUUUCUUUGGAUAUAACAAAUAAAUAUUUUAGUUUUUAGGAGAAGUUUGAGAUUCCCUGUGCUUGUGAUGUAUGGGUUCUCCAGUCAAUUGGGAAGAAAUGGAGAAAUUGGAAAGAAGACGUUAAAUCUAGAUAUUAUGAUCCAAAAAUGUCUACUGAAUUACAACUAUGUAAUGUGCCAAAAAGAAUACUCAAAGAUCAAUGGAAAAAUCUUCUAACCUAUUGGAAUUCAGAAGAAUCAAAGUGUAUAAGUGAACGAAAUAAAAAGAGUAGGUCGAAAAAGAGUUUGAUGCACAUAACUGGAAAAAAGAGUUUCGGUCAAGUGCGUGAAGAUCAGGAGAAAAGCAUAGGUCACUCACCAACAAGAGUUGAAAUGUUUGAAAGGUGUUACACAAAAGAAGGAAUUACUAAUAGUAUUGAGGCUUGUGAAGCUUUGGAAAAAAUGAAGGAAAUUAGAAGUCAAACAUCUCAAACAGAAGAUGUUGGAAGAGAUGAUAUUUUCUCAAAAGUUCUUGGAAAUGACAAGGUCGGAAGAGUUCGCAUGUAUGGAUUUGGUGUAACUCCUUAUGUUGCAUGGGGAGAAAUCCCAAAUCGAAGUAGUUCUUAUCGAUUAAUAGAAGGUUACAAGGAAGCUUUCGAAAAAAUGGAAAAACAAGUUCAAGAACAGGGUGAGGUAAUUGCUAAAAUGAAGUUGGAUUAUGCAAGAUUUUUUAGGCUGUUAAUUCAGGCAUUUUCUUUGGAUUUCAACUUGAGGGCACAUAUGAAAACACAUUCAGUAGAAAACUAUAGUGUUUGUCCUUACCAUGAAUGUGGCCAAAUAUACACACAUGAAUGCAAACUGAACACUCAUAUAAAGACGCAUCAUGAGAAGGAUUCAAUGGUGGAGUUGAGGCCACAAGAAAAGCCCAACAAUGCUGCAAAGGCUCCUGUCUUGAAUUCUGCAUCUUCAGACCGUCCUUAUGUCUGUCCAUUUGUUGGUUGUGAAAAAGCUUACAUUCAUGAAUAUAAGAUAAAUCUCCAUUUGAGAAAGGAACAUCCUGGUCAUAAUCCAGAGGAAAGUUACACGACUGCUCCGAUGACCGCCGUCGAGCACUAG